AUGGCUACACUCACUCUCCCAAAGCAUUCUAUUCCCUCUCUGCUCCCCACUCAAAGUCCCACACACCCAUUUUCUCAAAACUUCCCAAUACUCUCCAAGUCUUCACAAUCUCAGUUUUAUGGCCUCCAGGUCUCUUAUUCUUCCUCUCUUUCAAUCCCCUCAUUUUCCUCGAUGAAGGGUUCCAUUUUUGCCAAGGUGAACAAAGGUACGGUCCCACCAUCGUUCACAUUGAAAGAUCAGGAUGGAAGGAAUGUGAGUCUCUCCAAAUUCAAAGGCAAGCCAGUGGUUGUCUAUUUCUACCCUGCAGAUGAGUCCCCUAGCUGCACAAAACAGGCUUGUGCUUUUAGGGAUUCUUAUGAGAAAUUUAAGAAAGCAGGAGCUGAGGUUGUUGGGAUUAGUGGUGAUGAUUCAUCGUCUCACAAGGCUUUUGCAAAGAAAUAUAGGCUUCCUUUCACUUUGCUUAGUGACGAGGGAAAUAAGGUGAGGAAAGAUUGGGGAGUGCCUGCAGAUCUGUUUGGAACACUGCCUGGGAGACAGACUUACGUUCUUGACAAGGAAGGGGUGGUUCAGCUCGUCUACAACAAUCAGUUCCAACCCGAAAAGCAUAUCGAUGAGACCUUGAAACUACUUCAAAGUCUUUGAUCAGCUUCUUCUUUUCCCUUUUUAUUAUGUGUCUCGGACUUGCAGCAAUAAUACUUCUUCUAUCAUUCA